CUAAUUUGCUCCAUAAAAUCAAAAAGUAAUGCUUUUGUAAAUUUGUAAUUUUAAAAUUUAAAAUUAAAACAGCAAAGACAGUAAUUCGAUCAAACCAUGGGUGAUAGUGACAAAAAAUUGAGCUGGGCUGUUGGCAAGAAGACGGUGAUGUGUGUGGGCGCCACGUCCAUUGACUUCGUCUCGACCACGAAGACCUUUCCCGAGCCGAAUAAGUUGGAGAAGGCCGUCGGAGGAUACUGGAUACGCGGCGGCAAUGCCUCCAACAAUUGCACUGUGCUCUCGAAUCUGGGGGUCAAGGUGGAGUUCUUCGGAAUGCUGAGCAGCUUGUGUAUGUUCCAAGUUCUGGUGGAUGACCUAAAGGCACGUGGCAUCAUUGUGGAGAACUGCCCAACCUGUGACCAGCCUGCACCUUUUGCCUCUGUGAUACUCACCAAGUCGACCAAGACGCGAAAUAUCAUAUCCUGCAAUAGUAACUUUCCCCAUGUCGAUAUCAAUGAUUUCCGUAAACUGGACCUCAGCAAAUACGGUUGGAUUCACAUGCGGGCACUUUACUUCGAGAACACCAUGGCGAUGAUCAAAGAAUUGGCGGCAUAUAAUGCAAAUAGGGAGGAUAAGAUCGUUGUGUCGGUGGAGUUUGACCACAAUCUGGACGAUAUGUGGCCCCUGAUGGACUACUGUGACUAUGCCAUCUUCUCCAAGCAGUUGGCCCAUCCGAAUGGCUGGCUUUCCAUAGAGGAUGCCUGCAUGCAGCUGGACGAGCGAUUGGGGAUGCGAUUUGGCCUGAACCUCAAGCGACCCUGCUUAAUAGUUCUGUGGGGCGAUCAGGGGGCCGGGUUCAUGGACCUCGCCGGGCACUACACCCACUCCAAGCCCCACAAACCCAGACGCAUCGUGGACGCCCUGGGAGCAGGUGACACCUUCGUGGGCGCCUUCAUCUACGCCCUCUACAUCCGGGAGCGAUCCCUUCCAGUCGCCGUGGACUUCGGCAAUCGCAUGGCCAGCUACAAGUGCUCCAAAAAUGGCUACGAUCACAUCGCCAACAUUCUACUUCCACCGGUCUUAUGAUUUCGACAAAACCAUUUCAUGAUGUUUGCCCUAUUUCACGUUUUAUAACCCAAAAAAUAAAUGUUUUC